AUGGCCACCCCCAAGAGCUCGUCGGCGAACCGCAAAAAGGGCGGCAAGAGGUCGCACCGCAAGCCGAAGCGGACGUGGAAUGUCUACAUCAGCCGCUCGCUCAAGUCGAUCAACAACCAUAUGUCGAUGUCCGGCCGGACGAUGAAGAUUGUGAACUCGUUCGUGAACGACCUCUUUGAGCGCAUUGCGUCCGAGGCCGCCACGGUGGUGCGCGUCAACAAGAAGCGCACACUGGGUGCACGCGAGCUGCAGACGGCGGUGCGCCUCGUGCUGCCGGCGGACCUGGCGAAGCACGCAAUGGCGGAGGGCACCAAGGCGGUGUCGCACGCCUCUAGUUAG